AUGGGUUUUCAUUUCUUGACAACACAAUGGUUCCAACUCAACUCACUCUGCUUGAAGGAACAUAUAAGCAUCAUUAUGCAAGGUGCCUUUCUCGCUUUCUUUGUUAUUCAUUUGGCACUGAAAUGGCUUGGUGUAGUGAGAAACAGAGGAGUUAAUGACGUAGAAGAAGAAGACUUGAAGAAGCAGAGCAUAACCGUAAAGCAGAGCUUCUCUUACAACGUUUCUCUCCUCUGCUCUGUUUCGAUCUUAGGGACUCAUUGCUUUAUCUUGCUUUUGCUGUUUCGAGACAUCGCAGUGUCACAAAAGUGUGACUCCUCUGUUUCCGUCUUCUCCGGUGAGAUCUCACAGGCUUUCUCGUGGCUGAUUGUUUCCGUUUCCGUGGUUAAGAUCAGAAAAAGGAAACCUUUUAAGUUUCCUUGGAUGUUAAGGCUAUGGUGGCUCUGUAGUUUCAUCUUAUCUCUAGCCUUUGCUGCUCCUUUCGUAACCGCUAAACACGAGCCUCUUCGGUUUCAAGAUUAUGCAGACUUGACUGGUCUUCUCGCAUCCUUGUUCUUGCUCGCUGUCUCAAUCAGAGGCAAAACCGGUCUUCGUCAUGUCGAAUCCAGUGGAAUCACAGAGCCGUUACUACAUGGUAGCAGCGAAACAGAGCAGAUCAAGAAGGACUCUUCUUCCUCUUCUUCUUCUUAUUCUCCAUAUGGAAACGCUACUCUCUUCCAACGCAUCACUUUCUCAUGGAUCAACCCUUUGUUCUCCCUCGGAUACAAGAGACCUCUCGAAAGAGACGACGUACCGGACAUCGCCGUGAAAGACUCCGCUCUGUUCUGCUCUCAAACGUUUGACCACAACCUCAAAACCACCAUAGCGAAAGAAGGACCUGGAAAGGCUUUCUUCUACAAGUCCACUCUUCGAUUCGUCUGGAAGAAAGCUGCCAUCAACGCCGUCUUCGCAGUUGUAAACGCGAGCACAGCUUACAUCGGACCGUAUCUCAUCAACGACUUCGUGGAGUUUCUAACUGACAAACAAAAACAGAGCUUAAACCAUGGUUACCUUCUUGGACUUGGCUUCCUAAGUGCCAAGAUCGUCGAGACAGUCACUCAAAGACAAUGGAUCUUUGGAGCUCGUCAGCUUGGAAUGCGCUUAAGAGCAGCUUUGAUAUCUCAUAUAUACCAAAAAGGUUUAGUCUUGUCGAGCCAAUCUCGUCAAAGCCACACGAGCGGAGAGAUCAUCAACUACAUGAGUGUAGAUGUUCAGAGGAUCACUGAUUUCAUUUGGUAUGUCAACAAUAUAUGGAUGUUGCCUAUACAGAUCUUCUCGGCCAUCUUUAUCUUGCAGAAGCAUCUAGGGCUUGGAGCGUUAGCUGCAUUGGUCACAACUUUCAUUGUCAUGGCUUGCAACUACCCUCUCACAAAGAUUCAGAGAAACUACCAAUCAGACAUCAUGAACGCCAAAGAUGAGAGAAUGAAAGCAACUUCGGAGAUUCUCAAGAACAUGAAGAUCCUCAAGCUUCAAGCUUGGGACAAUCAGUUUCUCAACAAGGUUAAGAGAUUGAGGAAGGAAGAGUAUGAUUGUCUGUGGAAGUCUUUGAGGUUACAAGCUUUCACAACUUUCAUACUUUGGGGAGCUCCUGCUUUGAUCUCUGUGGUGACUUUUGUGACUUGUAUGCUCAUUGGAGUGAAGCUAACAGCUGGAGCUGUCUUGUCUGCUCUUGCAACGUUUCAAAUGUUACAAACUCCGAUUUUUGGUUUACCUGAUCUCCUCUCUGCUCUUGUUCAGAGCAAAGUCUCUGUAGAUAGAAUCGCUUCUUAUCUUCAACAAAGUGAGACUCAGAAAGAUGCAGUUGAGUAUACUCCAAGGGAUGAAACAGAGCUAAGUGUUGAGAUAGAGAAUGGAACUUUUAGUUGGGAUCCUGAUCAGCAGAGAAGACCGACUCUUGAUGAGAUAGAGCUGAGAGUGAAAAGAGGAAUGAAAGUUGCGAUCUGUGGAGCUGUGGGAUCAGGAAAAUCAAGCUUACUCUCAUCAAUCUUGGGAGAGAUUGAGAAGCUUAAAGGAAGAGUUAGCGUGAGCGGCAAGCAAGCUUAUGUUCCUCAGUCUCCGUGGAUACUAAGUGGGACUGUAAGAGAUAACAUUCUGUUUGGAAGCGUUUACGAAACCGGAAAGUAUGAGAGGACUGUUAAAGCAUGUGCUUUGGUUAAGGACUUUGAGCUGUUCUCUAAUGGAGACAUGACAGAGAUUGGAGAGAGAGGGAUCAACAUGAGUGGUGGUCAGAAGCAGAGGAUACAGAUUGCUCGUGCUGUUUAUCAAGAUGCUGAUAUUUAUCUUCUUGAUGAUCCUUUUAGCGCUGUUGAUGCUCAUACAGGAAGACAACUCUUUGAAGAUUGCUUAAUGGGGAUACUGAAAGAAAAAACAGUACUUUACGUUACCCAUCAAGUGGAGUUUCUUCCAGCAGCAGAUCUCAUUCUGGUGAUGCAAAACGGAAGAGUGAUGCAAGCAGGAAAAUUCGAAGAGCUUCUAAAGCAGAACAUAGGUUUUGAAGUUCUUGUAGGAGCUCACAACGAUGCUCUUGAGUCAAUCCUGUCGAUUGAGAAGUCAAGCAGAAACAUCAAAGAGGACACCAAAGAUGAUGACACAUCAUUGGUUGCAGAGAGUCUUCUUCAAGCACAGUGUGACUCAGAGCACAACAUCUCAACAGAGAACAAGAAGAAGGAAGCAAAGCUAGUGCAAGAUGAAGAAACAGAGAAAGGAGUAAUCGGCAAAGAAAUUUACUUGGCGUAUUUGAGAACGGUGAAAGGAGGAUUGCUUGUGCCGAUCAUAAUCUUGGCUCAGUCUUGCUUCCAAGCGCUACAGAUUGCUAGCAAUUACUGGAUGGCAUGGACUGCUCCUCCUACUGCUGAUUCCAAACCGAAGUUCAGGAUGGAUCGGAUCCUACUUGUGUACGCGCUUCUUGCUGCAGGAAGCUCACUUUGUGUUUUAGCAAGAACUAUUCUAGUCGCAAUAGGUGGACUUUCAACAGCGGAGAUUUUCUUCUCAAGGAUGCUCUGCAGCAUUUUCAGAGCUCCCAUGUCGUUCUUUGAUUCAACUCCAACAGGAAGAAUCUUGAACAGAGCAUCCACAGAUCAAAGCGUUCUUGAUUUGGAAAUGGCAGUGAGACUUGGUUGGUGUGCUUUCUCCAUCAUUCAGAUUGUUGGAACUAUCUUCGUAAUGUCUCAAGUUGCUUGGCAAGUUUGUAUCAUCUUCAUUCCAGUAGCAGUAGCCUGUGUGUUUUACCAGAGAUAUUACACACCAACCGCAAGAGAACUAUCACGCAUGUCAGGAGUAGAAAGAGCUCCAAUCCUUCACCAUUUCGCUGAAUCUCUUGCUGGUGCAACGACAAUACGCGCAUUUGAUCAACGAGACCGCUUCAUCAUCUCAAACCUCAGUCUAAUUGAUAGACAUUCAAGGCCAUGGUUCCAUAAUGCAGCAGCAAUGGAGUGGCUUUCCUUCAGAUUGAAUCUGCUGUCUCAUUUUGUCUUUGCUUUCUCUUUGGUGUUGCUUGUGACCCUCCCUGAAGGUGUCAUCAAUCCAAGUAUUGCUGGUCUUGGAGUCACAUAUGGCUUAAGUCUGAAUGUUUUACAAGCCACAGUGAUAUGGAACAUAUGCAAUGCAGAGAACAAGAUGAUAUCUGUAGAAAGAAUUCUCCAGUAUUCCAAAAUCCCUAGUGAGGCACCUCUAGUAAUUCAUGAUCACAAACUUCCUGAUAACUGGCCAAAUGUUGGAUCAAUCGUCUUCAAAGACCUACAGGUCCGGUAUGCAGAACAUUUUCCAGCUGUCUUGAAGAACAUAACCUGUGAGUUUCCAGGAGGGAAAAAGAUUGGAGUUGUAGGAAGAACAGGAAGUGGGAAAUCAACUCUGAUUCAGGCAUUGUUUAGGAUUGUUGAGCCAAGUCAAGGAACCAUAGUUAUUGAUAAUGUGGAUGUUACCAAGAUUGGUCUACAUGACCUGAGAUCAAGACUCGGGAUUAUUCCUCAAGAUCCUGCACUUUUUGAUGGAACAGUCAGAGUGAAUCUUGACCCUCUAGCUCAGUACACUGAUCGCCAAAUAUGGGAGGCUCUUGAUAAAUGCCAAUUGGGAGAAGUUCUUCGUGCAAAGGAUGAGAAGCUAGAUGCUACAGUGGUUGAAAAUGGAGAAAACUGGAGCGUAGGGCAAAGACAAUUAGUCUGUCUUGGGAGGGUGUUGUUGAAGAAAAGCAACAUUCUCGUGCUCGAUGAAGCCACUGCUUCAGUCGAUUCUGCAACAGAUGGUGUGAUACAGAAGAUCAUCAGCCAAGAAUUCAAAGAUCGAACAGUGGUGACUAUAGCACAUAGGAUCCACACAGUGAUCGAGAGUGAUCUUGUUCUUGUUCUAAGUGAUGGACGGAUCGCAGAGUUUGACUCACCUGCAAAACUGCUAGAGAGGGAAGAUUCUUUCUUCUCCAAACUCAUAAAAGAGUAUUCUAUGAGUUCUACACACUUUACAAGCUCGAAUAAUCUUCUCAGCUGA